UGAAUUAAAAUUCAAAGAGGUCUGGUCACUAAAAUUUUCUUCUGGCCGAGGUCCAAAUAGGGUCCAAAUAGGGUGUGCCCAUCAGUGUGUUCCCUUACAUUAGGUGUCGCCAUCAGAGUGCAACAUUACAUCAUGUAUUCCCAUCACAUCAGUUGUGCCCAUCAGUUGUGCCCAUCAGAGUGCUCCUUUACAUCAGGUAUCCCCAUCACAGUGCCACCUUACAUCAGAUAUUCCCAUCAGAUACCCCUUUCCAUCAUAUUUCCCCAUCAGAGUGCCCCAUUACAUCAUAUUCCCCAUCAGAGUGCCCCUUUCCAUCACAUGUGCCAAUCAGAUUGCCCAUUUUCAUCACAUGAGCCCAUCAGAGUGCCCCUUCCACAGUAUGUGCCCAUUUGUGUCCCGUUAACAUAACAUGUGCCCCUCAGAGUGCCCCUUAACAUGA